AUGUCGCUGACAAUUACAGGGGAUCGAUCGAGACAUUCUCGCUCGUCAUCUAGGAGUCGGAGACGUCAUAGAAGCCACCACGAAAGGAGCAGCGAAGACCGGAUCGCUCAAGCAGUCAAGGCAGCUGUAGCCGCAGGAGCAGUAGAAGCUUUCCGUCUCCGCGACGAACCAGGCGACUGGGCCGGCGAAAAGGGCAAACGCAUCCUAACCGCUGCUCUGACGGCGGGCGGCACAGACGGCUUUCUGGACCGUCACUCCAGCAAACACGACACGCGACACCUGAUCGAGUCCACCAUCGCCGGACUGGCGGCCAACAGACUCGUCAAUGGACCUCGUUCCCGAUCCCGGUCCCGGUCUCGUCACGGAUCCAAAUCCAAAUCCCGCCGUAGCUCUGGUAGCGGGUUCAAAGAGGCUGCCGCGGCUGGUCUUCUCGCUGCAGCUGGCAAGGGGAUCUUUGAUAAAUCCCAUUCUCGUUCUCGUUCACGGCCACGGUCUCGGUCUCGCCACCACGGCGGAAGCAAGACUCGCGGCCGCGAUCGAAGCCCCAGCUACAGCAGCGAUAGCUAUAGCUAUUCGGACGAUAGCUACGAGAGUCCUCCGCGAAAGCGGGAUUCGCAUACACGUAGCAAGAGCUUAUCAGACUAUGUUAGCGAUGGUCUGGCCAAGUUGGAUCUCGGCGGUAGUGAUAGGCGGAGUCGCAGUCGUCGUCACCGUUCGCGACGUGAUGAUGAUUAUGACGAUUACUCUGAUGGCGGUAGGUACUGA